AGUUCUUGUCUUGUAAAGCCUGAAAUCAACUUAGGGUUUCCUUCACUUUCAACUGAGCUUCCUUUUCAUCGUAGAUAGAAGCUUAUCUGCUCAGGUCAAAGUUGAAACCCCUUGAAGAGACAUCGCUAGCCACUAUCUACACCGACAAUCGUCGGAUCGACUGCCUUCAAUUCAUCUUGGCGAUGCCGCCCGUUUGGUUUAGAGGUGUCGAGGUCGUAGUUCUCGGCCUCCUAUUAUUGGCGUACAGAGGUGCAGGCAGUAAGUCCCUGCACAGAGUGGAGGAGAAGGUUGAGGGUGGAAGCAGGAGCAGUAUUCAUUACCACCGAAAGCUGCUUCGCAUCAUCCACACCCCUCCUCACGCAUCUUCUUCUUCUUCUGGAGGAAAGGAAUUGCCAGAUCGCGUGGAUGACUCGUGCUCGAAGGAGGACAUAGUCGUUUACCAGGGCCCCACCGCCCCCCUGCCCAGCGGCAUCCCCACCUACACAGUCCAGGUCCUUAACGUGUGCGCAUCUGGCCACCCAAUCUCAGCCAUCCAUCUCGCCUGCGGAUGGUUCAGCUCGGCCCGCAUGGUUAACCCAUCCACAUUCAGGCGCUUAGGCUACAACGACUGCCUCCUCAACGAUGGCGGCCCUCUAGCCCCUGGCUCCAGCCUCUCUUUCCAAUACGCCAACACUUAUCGCUACCCUCUCUCUGUUUCCUCCGUCGUUUGCCACUGAUAACCCUAACCCUAAAUAUUCCCUCUUUUUUUCCUUCUUCAAAAUUAAAAAAAAUACAAAAACAAAACAAAUAUUUCCUUUUGGGGUCUCAUUUUUAAUACCUAAUUUUGACAGUAAGUACAGAAGGCCCUCAUCCUAAAUAUAAACUUUAUUAUUGCCCUUCUUAUGUGGACUCACUCAACAUGAAAAACCUGUAAAUUUUCUCAUGGCCCUGUUUUUUACCCAAUUUUAUUAGUAACUAGACUCGAGCCUCCAUUAGAGUGACAUUGAUGUACGGGAUGGGUGGGUUUACUGAAAACUUGGGUGUGGAAUUAGCCCCUUUUUUGGGUUUGGAUUUAGCAAUUUUUUUUUCCUUCCUUCUUUGGAGAAUGUGUCUUCAUUGUUCAACAGCAAAUGGGCAAAUGAGCUUCCUGGUGGUGUAAAUAAAAGAGGCAAUAAUGGGUUUGCGGAAAAGAGGAAGAAAAGAAUUUCAGGUGUAAGAGGGGGUUGGUACAUUGAUUGAAGAGUGGGAGGGAAUGGGAAUUGAUGAGUGACUGACGGUCUCUGUUUGUGAAUAGUUUUUGUUUUUGCGAGUUCACGGGUUAGAGAUCCAGCCAUUAAUGGCGGUUGUGGGGGUUUUAGCGUCUGGCAAAAGCGACCUCGAGUUAGUGGGGAAGGGGGCUGCGUUACUCGCUUUGCCUUUUUGUAUUGGGGAGUGUGGAAUGUUGCAGAGAUUUUUCUUUUCCUUAGAGAGAGAGAGAUGUUAUUAAGAGCCUAGGAUCAUAGAGUUAGGUGUGUAAAACUGUAAUGUGUGUCGGAUAUAAUAGAAAUUCUUCUGGUGUUCUCUGAAA